CACUGACUCCUGUCUCCUCACUAUGCAGCGAAGAGCCCAUCUAAUAUGGGGUCUCCUCCUGGUAGCCACCUUGUCUCUAGUCCAGUGUCACAAUGUUUUCCUGAACAGCAAGGAGGCCAUGACUGUACUGAAACGCUCCCGCAGAGCCAACAGUGGCUUUGAAGAAUUUCGGCAGGGGAACUUUGAACGGGAAUGCAUUGAAGAGAUCUGUAGCUACGAGGAGCUCCGAGAGAUAAAAGAGUCUACAGUUGAAACGAAUAGCUUUUGGACCAAAUACAAAGAUUGUGAACCAGAGAAGAAAUCCAGAGAUGCUCGGGAAGACUGCUUAAAAGGAACAAGUACAUGUGCUGAAGGAACCGGAACCCAUUAUAGAGGGAAUGUCAGUGUCACAAGGUCUGGCAAAGAAUGUCAGUACUGGAUAAGUAACUACCCACACAAGACCAAGUUCAGCCCUGACAUUAACCCAAGUUUGGCUAAAAACUAUUGCCGCAAUCCAAAUAACAACCCGACAGGUCCAUGGUGUUACACGACAGACCCUCAGAAGCAAUGGGAGGAGUGUGUCAUAUCUGUGUGUGGCACAAACAGAACCACAGUGGAACCUCUGCUCAUUAAACAGGAUCAGCCUGUGAAAAUGGAACCGUGUGAGACAGAUUUUGGAUUAAAUUAUGAAGGGAAACUGGCAAAGACCAUCUCCGGCCUUCCCUGUUUGCCCUGGGAUUCCCCAAGUGUCCAGAAGUUCAGCCGCAAAGACUUUAUGCCAGAAAUCAAACUGCAGGAAAAUUAUUGCCGGAACCCGGACAAUGACGGGGAGGGAUUGUGGUGCUUUGUGUCCCACCCCAACAUGACCUACGACUAUUGCAACGUGAACUACUGCGACAGUCCCAUAGAUGAAGAUAUUCUAAACAAUCCUGCUGGGCGCACGACUACUGAAGAGCACCAGACCUUCUUUGAUGAGAAGACCUUUGGGUCCGGAGAGGCAGUUUGCGGCCUGAGGCCCCUCUUUGAGCAGAAGUCCGUGGAGGAUAAAGGUGAAAAGGAGCUGAUGGAGUCCUAUAUGCAGGGCCGGAUCGUUAAGGGUGAAAACGCCGAGCCGGGCAGUGCACCAUGGCAGGUAAUGCUGUUUAAGAAAAGCCCUCAAGAGCUGCUCUGUGGGGCCAGUUUGUUGAGUGAUCGCUGGGUGCUGACUGCCGCCCACUGCAUCUUCUAUCCCCCCUGGGAUAAGAAUUACACCACUGAUGACAUCCUGGUGCGGAUUGGUAAACACUACCGCACAAAGUAUGAGAGAGCAACAGAGAGGAUAGCGCAGCUUGAACGCAUCAUUGUUCAUCCCAAAUACAACUGGAAGGAGAACCUUGACAGGGACAUUGCUCUUAUCCAACUCAAGCGACCGGUGGCCUUAAGCAACUAUAUCCACCCUGUGUGCCUACCCACCAAGGACGCUGUGGUCAAGCUCCUUGCAGCUGGGUACAAAGGCCGGGUUACAGGUUGGGGGAAUCUCCAAGAGACCUGGAGUGCUGGGGCACAAAACCUUCCACAGGCCUUACAGCAGAUAAACCUCCCCAUUGUGGAUCAGGAAACCUGCAAGUCCUCCACCAAGAUCAAGAUCACAGACAACAUGUUCUGCGCAGGGUACAGUCCGGAGGACAGCAAGAGGGGAGAUGCAUGUGAAGGAGAUAGCGGAGGUCCAUUUGUCAUGAAGGAUCCAGACACAGGCCGUUGGGUCCAACUGGGAAUUGUAUCAUGGGGGGAAGGUUGCGACCGCGACGGCAAAUACGGCUUUUAUGUCCACGUGCAUCGUCUGAGGAAGUGGCUUAUGAAGACUAUAGAGAAGUUUGGAAGCUCGUGACCUGGGAAAAGCCAGUAAGGAAUCCCUCGUUCCCCAAAAUCCAAUCGCCCAUUCCAUCUGGUUCCUCAUACAUCCAUCUCUAGACACCAUACAUAUACAACUAUCUAUUAUUUGGUAAUAUGGCAUUUCAAUAAAGGUUUAAUAUAGA